AUGAUUUCAAAAUUCAAAUAGAAGCUUUUUUGGGAUGACAUCCUUUAUUGCUAACAAUCCCAAUCAGUCAAAAAUAUGAACAUUUAAAUCAAUCAAAUUUAUUAAAGGAAGUGAUCUAAUAUGUGUCUGAUUUUAUGUACGUUGAAAAGUAGCAAGAAUUUAUGAAUGGUGUAGUGAAUUUAGAACUAAAUUACUUGUAACUUCAGAAUGAUUUGAAAUAUUGUUAAAUUCUUGCUUUGAAUUGAUAAAUAUUGAUUAUUUAAUUUUUCUAUGAUGAAUUCUUCUGUUUUUUCAAGCUCUGAUCACUAUUUCGACAAGAAAUUCACUUUUCUGCGUCAAAGUAAUUGGAUUUUACCGUCUGAGCAUGAGAUUUUUAAAGACUCACUGUGGAAGCUUGAUGAUUUAUAUCAAAUGAAAAAGGAACUAAAUGCCACAAAGUCUUUGCUAAAUGAUAAAGGGGAAAAAUGGCAGGAACAUACAACACGUAUAAACAAAGCUAACAAGGUAAUAAGUUUAAUAAAACAGAAAAUCCAGCCUGAUAUUUUAACACAAGCAUGGUGUAAGUUUUAUGAGAUUUUAUCGAAUUAUCCAUUAAUUCCUCCUGGAAAUGAAACCUUUAAUUCAUUGCAUCUCUGUGAAGCACCUGGAGCCUUUAUAAGUGCAUUGAAUUGCUAUUUAUGCUGUUAUCAUCCUUCAGUUUGUUGGGAAUGGUUAGCAAAUACAUUAAAUCCUUAUUAUGAAGAUCUAAAUAUCAAGAAUGUAGUCUGUGAUGACCGUCUGUUGUUUCCAACUUUGAGGCACUGGUUCUUCGGAAAGGAUAAUACUGGUGAUAUCACUAAUCCAAGUUAUGCCAAGGAGUUGCAAGAAUAUAUUUCUGGAAAAGAUCUGUUUAACUUGGUUACUGCAGAUGGCAGUGUUGAUUGUACUGAAGAUCCUGCUGAGCAGGAAACAGUUGUUGCCGAGUUGCAUUUUGCUGAAAUGCUUGUUGCUUUGCACAGUUUAGCCCCUGGUGCUACUUUUGUUUUGAAAAAAUUUACCUUCUUUGAAUGUAUCACAAUCUGUAAAAUGUAUUUCCUCAAUUGUAUUUUCAAAGAGGUUCAUGUUUUCAAACCUUUUACAAGUAAACAUGGAAAUUCAGAAGUUUAUGCUGUAUGCAUAGGUUACAUUGGAGUAGAAAAAUUAAAGACUUAUUUAAACCAGCUGAAUCAAAAUUAUGGAUCAAUAACUGAUAAAUCCAUGUUUCCUCUAACAAGCAUUCCAUCAUCUUUCAUAUCACAGUUGAUAGAAUGUUCCAAAUUUUUUUUUGAGCUUCAAACACAAUCUAUUCAAGAUAACCUCAAAUUAUACUCUAUUCCUUUUUCUGAAUAUGAUUCUGAGAUAAGAGAGCUACAGAAGACAUGUGCAGAAGAAUACAUUCGAAGAUGUAAUAUACAUCCAAACAUAUUUAUUGAAAGGUUAUUUCCAUUUAAAAAGCAGAUUAUUACAAAUUUUUAUAAUAAGCAUGGAAGAAAUAUAAGAGCAUUGAGAUUUCAAGCAAUGGGUGAAAUAUUUGAAAAUAUGUCUAAGUCGAAAUCAAUGCUUUGGCCAGAUGUCAUCUUGGAUGUUGAAAAAAGAUUGAUUGCAUGUUUUCCUUUGGAGGAAAAAAGACACCUUGAUGAUAAUGAAUGGUAUUUUGUUUCAAAGGGAAUAAAAAGUAGGAUGAAAAGCAAGAGUUACAAUAAUUGGCUUUUGAUGGGCAAGAAAAUUUCACUCAUUCAGAAUUCAAAAUUUUGCAAUCCAAUACUUCUGCACUUUUGGAAUAGAGUUUCAUUUAAUCGUGAGAUUAACAUUCAAAACCAUCAACCAACAACCAUCAGUUAUUGGAAUAUUGAUAAUAUAUCAUCUCUAUUAUUAGAAAGCAGUGAAGCGGAAAAAAUCUGUCUUGUGUCAAUGGCAAAAUUAAAAGAUGAAGAUCCGAGUAAAGAUCCAGGAUUGGUUAAACUAAAAGAAACAUUUAAUAAGUCAUUUAGUUGCAACUUUUUAAAAUUAGAAGACCAAGAAUCACAUUUUCUGAAAGAAAGCAAGAUAAUCUACAUUAAUAGCACUUUAUGGAUUGAUUCAUUACACCAAGAAAUCCAUAUUAAACAGAUACUUCUAGAUAUCUUGUGCAAUGUUAUAAAGGUCAUGAAAUCAGGUGAUUCCUUAAUUAUUUGCAUCCAAACCCUCUUAACAAGAUAUACCACUGGCAUUAUUUUUAUGAUGCUUUCUCUUUUUGAAAAGUUUCAGUGCUUUCUUCCAAGUGAUUUGGCUCCUGCUUUUUGUGGUCAAAUGUGGAUACUGAGCAAUUUUCAAAAUCCUGAAUACACUUCUCGUAUUAUCAGCUACUUUGAAACAGUGUCAUCAUUCAGUAUUCCUGAUGGAAUGGAAAUUCUUGAAAUAGUUCCUAUUCCAGCGUUGUGUGGUGAUUACUUUUACGAAUAUUUACUGGAUUUGAACAAUAAUCACAUGCAUCAGAGACUACAAAGCUUCAUUUCUGUAGAAAAACACAGGUUGAAAAUUUCUGUAUAAAGUACUACAUUCUUCAUCAAAAAGACUGUAAUAUACUUAUUAUGCUGUAAAUAAUACAUUUAUAAAAAAUU